GCCGGGCCCGGAAGCGGAAGCGGAGCCGGGGCGGCCCGGUGGGCGGGCCGGGGCCGGGGCCGGGGCCGGGGCCGGUAGCGGCACCGCCACGAUGAGCGAGCCCGAGCUGCUGCUGGACUCCAACAUCCGGCUGUGGGUGGUGCUGCCCAUCGUCUUCAUCACCUUCUUCGUGGGCAUGAUCCGGCACUACGUCUCCAUCCUCCUCCAGAGCGACAAGAGGCUGACGCAGGAGCAGGUGUCCGACAGCCAAGUCCUGAUUCGGAGCAGAGUCCUUCGGGAAAACGGAAAAUACAUUCCAAAACAGUCUUUCCUGACCCGGAAAUAUUAUUUUAAUAACCCAGAGGAUGGAUUUUUUAAGAAAACAAAAAGAAAGGUAGUGCCUCCUUCACCAAUGACAGAUCCUACCAUGUUGACAGAUAUGAUGAAAGGGAAUGUAACCAAUGUUCUGCCUAUGAUCCUCAUCGGUGGUUGGAUCAACAUGACGUUUUCGGGGUUUGUCACAACAAAGGUCCCGUUUCCUCUGACGCUGCGUUUUAAACCAAUGUUGCAGCAGGGAAUUGAACUGCUCACUUUAGAUGCGUCCUGGGUGAGCUCUGCUUCCUGGUACUUCUUGAAUGUGUUUGGACUCAGAAGCAUUUAUACUCUUAUCCUGGGCCAAGACAAUGCUGCAGAUCAGUCUAGGGUGAUGCAAGAACAAAUGACAGGGGCAGCAAUGGCCAUGCCAGCAGAUACUAACAAAGCAUUUAAGACAGAAUGGGAAGCUUUAGAACUGACUGAUCAUCAGUGGGCCUUAGAAGAUGUAGAAGAGGAGCUCAUGGCAAAAGACCUCCAUUUUGAAGGCAUGUUUAAGGAAGAACUUCAGACCUCCAUCUUCUGAAUUUGAGAAUAUGCUUUUGUCUCUUCUUGUAAAAAAGUAAUUUGAAAAGAAAUCUGUUCCUUAAAACUAUAUAAUGUAUUUUAGCAAGGCUGAGAAUAAAAGAAAAGCACCAUGUUCAGAA